AUAAGUAUUACAAAGUUUAGAGGGAAAUGUUGUUUUGAAUAUAGCCAUAAACUUGUGAUAAAUACAUACAGGUAAAUUUGUUUUGAAAAGCAAAAUAAGGUUCAAGUUUGAAUUUGACAUGAAUAUGGUUUUGAGGAACAAAAUAUUAUGCCAUUGAGAUCAGAGACAGCUUCUUAAACCAACCUUUCCCCAGUCUUGAAGAAAAACAACAACACCAUGACGACCAUAGACGGUGAAUUCUAUCCCAGCCCCACCCCAAAGCAGCACCCCAGGGUAAAGCCAGAGGCUUCGAGCUAUGCAGAACGUAACCGUGGAACCAUGGAGCGCUGGUUUGACUACUCUGGAAACGACGGUUACGAGUCACCCAGACCUGCGGCCCGCAACAUAACAGAGGAGGGGAAGAAGAAUGCAGACACGAAUAAAGGGAGCAUGAAUGAGAUAAUGGGAGGGUAUGCUGACCCAGUACCUGCAAGGCAUAUCCACCCACGAGCUGUGAAGGGGGAGGGGGCAGACAUCGCACAACAGAACAAAGGCAGCGCGAUGAAAGACCUUAUGGACAAUUACGGUAAGCUCGCGCUGGAUGAGAAGCCUGCGCACAAGGUGCACGGGGCCGAAGCGGAAGAGUACGCAGAGAGGAAUCAUGGGUCUGUGGACCACCUGAUCAAUAACUACGGGGUCGUGACCCCAGAUGGGCCCCCACCCAAGAAGCUGGGGCUGGGAGGGGAGGAGGUCGCUGAGAGGCACAUGGGGGCUGGUAUGGGGCCGCUCAUGAGGAUGGAGGGUCAGCGGACGCCGCAUGAGCCCAAGAUCAGCAGACUGCAUCAGAAAUCUGAGGGACCUGGCUGGGAUGAGAACCCGCCGGCAGUGAGGACAAGGCCAGAGGCAGAGGACAUUUCCGACAAGCAGUCGGCAGAGAUGGUUGGACACUUGAUGAGGGGGGAGGUUGCCCCACCCACUGUCCGAGACCCAAAACUGCCCUUGCACAUGCAGGAGUCUGUCACACCACGUCCUCAAACCAGUCCUCUUAGAACGCGACCUGAGGCAAUGAACAACUUUCAGAAGAACCAGUCGUCAGAGAUGAACGCCAUCAUGCACGGGCAGUCUUCCAAUGGCACGCCUGCACGACGUCAGAACCGUAUGAUGCAGAAAUCUGAAGACUGGUAGUUUGUGACUGCAUCAGUAGUCUUCGAAAUGAAUAGGAAAUAGGAAAAAUCAAAUGUUCCAACAUUUUCACAAUUUCUUUUUUUAGCUCAUCUAUUUUUUGAA